AUGAGUCCAAAUGUCAAGUAUUCAUUGUAUACGCUUGGAGCCAUUGCUACUAUUGGGUUUAUUUAUUUGUUUGCAUUUUAUUUACCGCAAUUAUUCAUUCCAGAAUCCAGAGAAAUAGAAGGAAUUGUUAAAGUUGGAGAACUAGGCUCUAGUUUAGUACCGAUUUCAAGUAAAAGAGUGAAAGAAUUGGGGAUGAAUUCGGAUAUUUCCAAUUUAGAUAUUGAAAUUGAUGCUGAGAUCCAAGCAAAGAAGUCUAAUGAGGUUGAAAGAUUAAUAUUCGUUGGGGAUAUUCAUGGUCAUUACGUUGAAUUUAGAAAAUUAUUACGUCAAGUCAAGUUUAAUCCUGAAACCGAUCAUUUAUUGGUCAUGGGAGAUUUCAUCACCAAAGGACCUGAUUCAUUAAAAGUUUUAGAUUACUUGAUUGAUCAUGAUAUAGAUUGUAUAUUUGGAAAUCAUGAAUAUUAUGUAAUGAAUAACUAUGCAACAUUCCACGGAUUGAAAUCCCCACAUUUUAUGAAUGAAACUAAUGAAAUGCUUUCAAUCAAGGACGGAGGCUUCAAUUCUGAUCCAGAAUUUUUAUUAGCGAAAAAAUUGCAGCCAAAACAUAUCAAAUACAUAAACCAAUGUACCAUAAUUAAGAAAUUGGGUCAGGUUCCAUUUCAUAAAUUCAAUGACCGGAAAGAUUUAAAAGUUGGUGGUGAUUCGAACAGUUUACCAGGUUACGCAGUUCAUGCUGGUUUAAGAUGGGAUUUAUCAAUAGAGGAUCAAGAACCAAUUGAAUGUUUAGAAAUGAGAUCCUACAUCGGACCAAACUUUAAUGAAACUACGGAUGAUCCAGAUACCGAUAAUGCAGUUAGCUGGUCCAAAAUAUGGAAUUCAAAACAAAAAAUUGCAGCCAAAAAGGAUGCAAAAAUCAUUUAUUAUGGUCAUGAAGCAAGAAGAGGUUUGAAUUUGAGAAAAUACUCUAAGGGAUUGGAUAGUGGUUGUGAUGGAGGGGGUAAGCUAAGUGCAAUGGUCAUUUGGUUACAAGAAGCCCUCAACUCAAAGGGUAAACCGGUUACUCUUUAUCGUGAACAAGUCCAUCAAGUAUCUUGUAAAUAG